GCUAUGGUGUCCACCAGCAUGCCGGUGGUGAAGGCCCUCCGCAGCCCAGUCUCAGACUAUGGCAACUAUGAUAUCAUAGUCCGGCAUUACAAUUACACAGGCAAGUUGAACAUCGGGCUAGAGAAGGACUAUGGCAUUAAGCUGACUUCAGUGGUGUUCAUUAUCAUCUGCUGUUUCAUCAUCCUAGAGAAUAUAUUCGUCUUGCUGACUAUUUGGAAAACCAAGAAGUUCCACCGGCCCAUGUACUAUUUCAUAGGCAACUUGGCCCUCUCGGACCUGUUAGCGGGAGUGGCUUACACAGCUAACCUGUUGUUGUCUGGGGCCACCACCUAUAAGCUCACCCCCGCCCAGUGGUUUCUGCGGGAAGGGAGUAUGUUUGUGGCUUUGUCUGCCUCAGUGUUCAGCCUCCUUGCCAUCGCUAUUGAGCGCUACAUUACCAUGCUGAAGAUGAAACUACACAAUGGGAGCAACAGCUCGCGCUCCUUUUUGCUCAUCAGCGCCUGCUGGGUCAUCUCCCUCAUUCUAGGUGGCCUGCCCAUCAUGGGCUGGAACUGCAUCAGCUCUCUGUCCAGCUGCUCCACCGUACUCCCGCUCUACCACAAGCACUAUAUACUCUUCUGCACCACCGUCUUCACUCUGCUCCUGUUGUCCAUCGUCAUCCUCUACUGCAGGAUCUACUCCUUGGUCAGGACUCGAAGCCGACGCCUGACCUUCCGCAAGAACAUUUCCAAGGCCAGCCGCAGUUCCGAGAAGUCUCUGGCCUUGCUGAAGACGGUGAUCAUUGUUCUGAGUGUCUUCAUUGCCUGCUGGGCCCCUCUCUUCAUCCUAUUGCUGUUGGAUGUGGGCUGCAAGGCGAAGAACUGUAGCAUCCUGUACAAAGCAGAGUACUUCCUGGUUCUGGCUGUGCUGAACUCAGGCACCAACCCCAUCAUUUACACCCUGACCAACAAGGAGAUGCGCAGGGCCUUCAUCCGGAUUGUAUCUUGUUGCAAAUGCUCCAAUGGAGACUCCACUGGCAAAUUCAAGAGGCCCAUCAUCCCAGGCAUGGAAUUUAGUCGCAGCAAAUCAGACAACUCCUCCCACCCCCAGAAGGACGAUGGGGAUAACCCAGAGACCAUUAUGUCUUCUGGAAAUGUUAACUCUUCUUCUUAAAACCGGAAGUUGUUGAUACUGGGGAAGCGUUCUGACUUCUUCACCCACUACCCCAGCAUUUCAAAAACGUCUCUCUCCGCUGCUUCCAGGAAGGAGCCACUGGGAGCCUGAGAGAGGGAGGGAAGGGAGAAUGUGCGGCCUGGUGAUACCAUGAUGUAGGUAGGUAGUUCCUGUGAACAAUGCACUAGGAAGGGUGGAGAUCAGGUCUGGCCUUCAGUGGGUUUCCUGCCCCCCCCCCAAUACCCCGGAGCUUUGAUUUUUGCACUGAGCCAAAGGUCUAGCAUUGUCAAGCUCCUGAAAGGCUCAUCUGACCCCUUCUCAAAGGCUAAGGUCCCAAGAGAAAGUGUCCCUGGAGUUUUGAGAUGUGAUCUUUCACUGUAAUGACAAAGCGAGUAUGUACCCUUUAGCUUGGUUGGGUGGUGUGCAUGUCUCCACCUUCCCUCCCCUCCUCACCCUGUCCCCCCUUCCCACCCCUUCUUUAUAUGCUUUUACUUUGUUCAUCAGAAGGAGGUCAUGGAGAGCUCUGUUUCCUGAUUGUCUGUGGCUGGCAGGGAAGGGUAUUUGUUGAGGCCAAAGUAAGCUGGGUCAAGCUGUAGGGGAUUUGAUAGGCUAUUCAGAUAUUAAGAUGAAAAUGUGGUCCUUAUUCCUCAUGAAUUCCUCAUGCCGAUUACAACCAAAUGGGCAUGUAUUUGUAAUAGGAAUAACGAAGCCCACUUCAUUUGAAUUAUAUCAGCCAGAGGCUUAGAUGAUACAGAAGAGAAAGAACAGAAUGCAGUGAAAAGCAGAGCUAACUUUUGCAAACCAAGAGCUGUUUCUUAAUGUCGUUCCCUAACAAAUACAACAUCUUUGGCACUUUUAUCGAUGAUUUCGGAGUGUUGUGUGAUCCAUUUCAACCAGCUGGGGAAUGGUUGUAUCUCUUUUAAAGAACAAUUUAUGGUUUUUGAAUGUAUUUGUUUCUUGGAGGUCAUCUUAUUGAAUUUUGUUCUAACCUGUGUUAACACCUUUGAACGUGUAGUUCUUUUAAAAGUGCCACCCUCUUGUACCUGAAAAAGCAUUACUUUAACUGACAGGGAUCAUCAUGAAUUCUUCAUUUGGCUGUCAUUAGAUAUUGAUGGUGGGUGUAAAUGUUUCAGAGAAUAAAAAUAUGUUGCUGUCUCUUUAGUGUGGUUUUCAGUGCAAUUAAACCAAGAAAUGUCUUUUAAAAAUAGUAUUUAAUAGGUUUCUGACUUUUGUGGAUCAUUUUGCACAUAGCUUUAUCAACUUUUAAACAUUAAUAAACUGAUUUUUUUAA